GCUUACAAGCUGUUCACUUCAGAGAGAGAUACUUGUGUUGAUCAGUGCUGUAUUUGCAGUGAUUCUAUUUCGGUUCAUUUUUAUUUUGUAAAUUGUUUGAACUCUUCAAAAUACUUUUUUUUUGGAUUCCCCUUCCCAGGUCUUGCCAUUUUGCUGAUUUAGUAAAGCCACGGAUCUGUGGAAGAAACCAGAGUUGUCAAGGUGCCAGAGCUGCGUGCUUUCACAUCUCCUGCUUGCCUGCUGCAGUCUCUGCUUCCUUGCAGACUGUGCAGGCAGCUACUCUUGCAGAAAGAGAACAGCAUAGUGCCCAGGCUGAAAGGGGCAUUGUUCAGCAGGAACUGCAGCAGAUCCUGAAAAGGAGUGAGGCAAACCAACAGCAUGGGAGCAACACAUGGCAAAAAGAAAGAAUAUUCUUUGCAAUCCAAGUCAAACAAUGAAAAUAGAAAACAUAUACUGAAUGGCUCGGCCUCCAUGUACUCUGAAAGGCACAGUGAUCCCUCCGAGAUCAGAUGUCUCAUGGCAGAGCCAGAUUAUUUUGAUAACAACCCAGACCUUAUCAGACCCAAGAAGCUCCUGAAUCCAGUCAAAGCCUCCAGAAGUCACCAAGAACUGCACAGAGAGCUGCUCAUGAACCAGAAGCGAGGUGUGGGUGCUGAAAACAAACCAGAGUUACAACGAGUGCUGGAAUACAGGCGGCGAGAUCAGCUGAUUCGACAAAGAAAGGAAGAAGAAGAGGCACAGAAAAUCAAAUCUCCUUUUGAACUUCAACUCCAGAAAAGACAACAAAGGCUGGAACAGUUGGAAAGAGAACAGCAGAGGAGUGGAGAAGAACAAGAGAAUGCUCCUGAAUUCAUCAAAGUCAAAGAAAACUUGCGGAGAACAUCCACUUUCAGUACUGAGAAGAAGGCUGGCUAGUAUUGAGACCUUCCUUCUCAAUUAUCUUUAACUGGUUGAUAACGCUAAGCACCAGUUCAACUUGACUGAUUUGCUAUGCCAUCACUAUAGAGUUCAUUUAAUGUUCUUGUCUUUCUUAAGAGGAAAAUGAAAAAUGGUUUAUUCUGCUGUGAAUGGAUGGCCAGUCUUUUCCAGACAUUAAGAAUGUUUGUUUUGUAGAACUCGCCAAACCUGGUCAGUUGGUGAGAAUGUAAAAGUGCUACUUAACGUGAAGAUGCAAGUUUGAAUAAAAACAAACAGGACAAGAAUCCAGUGAAUCUGGAUGAUGAAUUGUAAUGACAAAGUGACCUAUCAACAUACUUUAAGUUUAUUACUCCUAACUAAAGCUGAACAUUGAGCUAGUUAUUCUUGCAAACAUUCCAUAUGAUGAUGCAAAGCAUAAAAAAGUGUUUCAUAGUAUUUUGUGUAAAAGAUUCUUCUGCUUAUAACAUCAACUGAAUUGCUGCAGCAGCGACUCUUGAUAAUUUAAUGAGCAUACAGCCGAAUAUUCCCUUUGACAGGUGAGAAUUGAUGGCGACCAGUUAUCUUCAUGUGAUAUUUGUUGACUUUUAUCUCAGAAGACGAGCCUUUUGCUUGUGUUGCAGUUUGGUCAGACGUUUGACUGCCGUGUAUUUUUUUGUUACAGCUAUAUUUGGAUUAAAAUGUUGCUAAUGGAAGAUUAUCAUUGUAUAUGCUACAUGGAUAUUAUUAAUCUUAACCUACAGAUCUUAACAGUAAAAUAAGUGGUGGGUGUUGGUAUUUUAUGGAUUGUCUGACAUGCAUACAGUCAGCAGCUGAAUUAGCUAGAAUCUGCUGGGAAGAUUUGGAGUUGUUGGCUGUUGAUUUUUUUUAGGAAUUAAAUUUAGAUUGCACAAUACCUAGCAAUCUGGAAAAAUAUAUCAUGAUUUUUAAUACAUUUAUUAUCUACCUAUUGUCAUAGAUGUGUCGAUAACUCCUGUAUUGAGAAUCUUGGUAUAUUUUUUCUGAUAUAUAAUAUGGGAUAAAGAAAUGAAUAGGGUCUGCACAAUUAACUUUUACGGUAAACAAAGAAGCAACUGGCCAAAACCUUUAAGAAUUGUGUUCUGUCUUCCUGACAGCACAUUUAAUUCCAGACUAAUUCUAUUAAGAGCUGAUAAACCUAUUACUAAAUGCAUACAUUUUGAAAAGUUACCUGAACCAUAGCCUUAGAAAAUCACAAUAAUUAGCCUUACAGAAUGUGUGGUCUGUUUAGACAAGAAUUCUGUGCAGUACAAGAAAUGCAAUGACUACUGCUUUAAAGAUCAACGCUGUGUAAACAGAAAAAUGGAUUUGCAGUUAAUAUUUUUAUGUUCAUUUUGUCAUUUACACUUCACAAUGAUUUUAUAUUUAGUAGUGUUCAGGUCUUGGAGACUGUGCUUACUGUAAAAGUACUCAGUCAAUUAUGAAUGUAAUUCUGAAAGCUUUUUAUAUGCAUUUGAGAAGUUUGCCACUCUCUUCAUUUUGUUCACCAUGUAUUCAAUUCACUGGGUAAUGGAAUGAAAGAGUCUCUUGCAUUUUGUGACCAGAAUUAUGAAAAAAUUGCAACUUAGCUGCUAGAAAGACAAAUCAUAUUGUUUGUAAUGAUAACAGCUAUCUGUAUGUUUUGGAAAUGAUGCCUUUGAAAUGUUACUGAAUAGGUAUUGACUGUUGGGUAAGUUAUACCUAUCACCACAGUAAACACGAGUAUACACAUCUGAUUGGAGUUAGUGCUGGAAGGCACAUUCUGAAAUAGAGUUUAUUUUCUCUCACUUUUACUCGUCUUUUGGGGAAUUGUUACUUUUCUACUCAUACAAAACAUGCACAUAAAAUUCAAGCUAUAGUCUGUGAAUCUAUAAUUAUAGUACUCUGUUUAAUUAUUGAUAACAGGAGAAGGGGAAUAUAAUAUUCAGUUGGAUUGUUACCAUCUAUAGGUUUGUGUCAUUGUAACAACUUUGAAAUAAAAAAAUGCUUAUUUUACCUUGUGGAAACUUCUAGUGCAUCAAAAAUUGUUUAGGUUUUGCAUUUUGUAGUUCAAAUGCAUUAUUUUGUGCAGGUUUGUCCAUUCUAAACAUUAUCUAUCAUUAAUAUUUAUUUAGUGGUAUUAAUACAAAUUGUUCUACAAAAUUCAAAGUAGCUAAGGAAGAUGUAUCGUUUAACCAUGAAUCUGCCAUUGGAGCAACCUAAAUAACCUAAUACUGCAAAUUUCAUUGGUGCAAGUAUUGGUAAUGUAGAAGAUAAUGACUAUUGUCUGAAAGCAAAACCAAAAUGCAGAUGCUAGAAAUCUGAAAUAAAAUGGACAAUGCUAGAAAUACUCAGAUGGUUGGGCAGCAUCUGCAGAGAGAGAAAACACAAUGUUACAGGUUGAUGAUGUUACAAUAGAACUGGUCAGUUCUCACACAAACUGGAAGGACUGGCUCUCUGAAGUCAUUGAAUUCAGUAUUUGGUCAUGAGGACUGCAAAGUGCUUAGACACAGGCUGAAUUGUUGUUCCUUGAACUUUUCAAUAGUUGACAGGCAUGUGAGAGAAUAGGUAACAGUGAAAUAAGUGAGGGAAUGGGACAUGUUAGUAUCCACUGACAGUUGGCACACAUUCCACAGGUCAAAUGGCCGAUGUAGUAAGAAAGUAUGAGAAAAUAAACAAAGAACUAUAUGAGAACAGUUCACAUCUGGAGGUCACAGCUGCAUACUUCGCCUGAAUGCCAAUGGCCUCUGGAAAUCUAAAAUAAGAAAACAAAGCUGGAAAUAAUCAGCGAAUUAGGCAGCAUCUUGUAAAACUAAUUAUUUACAGACUGCCAGCAAUCUUCCUGGUUAACCUGCUGGACUAUUGACCUUCGAUCAGAGCUGGCAACCUUUCAUUGAACUGUAUAAUUGUGCUUUGCACAAAUAUUUGC